AUGGAUUUGCUUUAUCUUUACGGUUACACUCCUACGAAGUGGCUGAAUAUUCUUGCAAUAAUUUGUUUCGGUGUUUGUACAGUUGUCAAUUUGAUUCAGAUUGUUCAAUAUCGAAGCGGUAUUCCUGUGCUUUCAUUCAUCGGAUCGCUUGGUGAGGUUAUUGGCUGGAUUGCUCGAAUGUACUCUGCUUCACACAUUACAAGCACAACAAUUACUUCAUACAGUAUUCAGUAUGUCACUAUUAUGGCGUUUCCCGUCUUCUAUACUGCUCAGAUGUACAUCACCUUGAAACAUUUAAUUAUACAAUAUGGCCCCAAGUAUGCGUUUCUUCGCCCAAGACUCUAUGGACUUGUUUUCAUCAUUAACGACGUUAUUUCCAUGAUUAUCCAGUUUGCCGGCGGCGGAAUGGCCGGCGGAGCUAAUGGUAAUGCUCAUCUGGAGAGAAUUGGCUCGGAUAUUAUGCUCGUUGGUAUCUGUUUCCAGCUUGUAAUGGUGCUUGCUUUCACUGCCAGCGGUGUCGAUUUUUGGUACCGCUAUCGUCAUGACAAGCCAUACAGAACUGAUGAUGCUGAUAACCUGGAGAAUCCAAAAUUGCAUUUAACGGAGUCCAAGAGACGUACUAUAUCUGCACAUGCUCUUUGGAUUGCAUCAAUUCUUGUUAUUAUUCGUUCAAUUUACCGUGUUGUCGAACUUGCUCAAGGUUGGAGUGGAAAGAUUAUCAAGACUGAAGCAUACCUAGGCAUUUUCGAAUGUUCCUUACAGCCGUUAUGUUGA